GGGACAGAGUGACAAUGUGACACUUGGGAUGAUUAAGCCUGCCUUUUUACUUGACAAUAGACCUUUAUCACUUUCACUUGCGCGCGCACUCAUAUAUAAUUGACCAAGUGAGUACAUUGUUGGAGUACAAGUAUUUGCAGUAGCUUAAGCAUAGCGUUUCAGUUGUUCCAAGUCUGAUGGAUCUCCUUAAACCACUCCUCCAGAUCUGCUUCUUCUUCACUCUUCAUCUUCUCAUUACAACUCAAGGUGCGAAAGAUUCAUCAGCCCAAAACGGACUCAUCCAUAAACAUGGCCCAAAGCCCAAGCUGUUUGUGUUCGGAGACUCGUACGCAGAUACAGGCAACAUAAGAAAAUCACUUUCAAGUUCCUGGAAGCAGCCAUAUGGUCUCACUUUUCCCGGCAAACCCGCCGGAAGAUUCUCCGACGGCCGUGUCCUCACCGAUUACAUUGCCAAGUCUAUGGGAAUCAAGUCUCCUACACCUUACCAGUGGAAAAGCUUUGCGAAAAAACGUCUGCACUAUGGGAUGAACUUUGCCUAUGGGGGAACAGGAGUGUUUGACACAAACGUUUUGUUGCCAAAUAUGACCACCCAGAUUGAUUUUCUAGAGAAACUUAUGCUUGAUGAUCCAGUAUAUGUCAAGGCUGACCUGCAAUCAUCAUUGGUUCUAGUCACUCUCUCCGGCAAUGAUUAUGGUCAUUUUUAUACCACAGGUGGCACUGCUCAGGGAUUACAGUCCUUUAUUACUCAAGUGGUUAACCAACUAGCGCUGAACUUGAAACGUAUUGAAACAAUGGGUGCGAGGAGAAUAGCCGUGACAGGUCUACAACCCUUGGGAUGUCUCCCUCGUUCCACAGUGGUGUCUGCUUUUCAACAAUGCAAUAAGACUGAGAAUACGGCUGUGAAUUUCCACAACCUCUUGUUGCAGCAAGCAGUGGCAAAGUUGAACAACGAGAGUAACAGCAGGAAGCCAGUCUUCACCAUUCUUGAUCUUUAUACGUCAUUCACCACCGCACUCAAGAACAAAGGGGAUCAUCCAGGGGCUACGACGUUUGAGACCCCGCUUAAGCCAUGUUGUGUGGGAAUAAGCAGUGACAAUUUCUGUGGAAGCUUGGAUGACAAGGGAGUUAAACUGUACACUGUGUGUAAGAAUCCUGAAUCGGCAUUCUUUUGGGACACAGCUCACCCGACACAAGCGGGAUGGCAUGCAGUCUAUUAUUCGUCCUUGAAAGCCACUCUUGAACACAGUUUUUAGUUCCUUCUUCGUUUCAAGUUUUGUGUAGUAGUUUACAUUAUUAUCUGCCAUGAUAAAAUGUGUUUAACACUUCCAAAACCUUGACAUGUGUGUGUAUAUCAUGCGUAUGUGUUAAUAUA